AUGGCGGAGAUCAAAGCCUUUGAGAAGAAGGAGGAGGUUGAGAUCGAAGAGAUCAAGGAUUUGCAGAAGAAGGCGAUGGAGCUCAUCCUCGGCAAGCUCGAUCGCCAGAGCCAGGGGCAACAGGCCACCAUCAUUGCGUCGUCCCCGGAUCCGCUAACGUUCCGCAACGGAUCCGCGCGCAGCAAGACCUCGGAGAUGUUCGAGAACUGCAAGGCUCCGCCAGCGCGAUCCCUGCACCCAGCCCUGGUGGCCACUGAGAGCCAUGAUGCUAUCCAGAUCGAGGAGCACGAGCAGGAGGAGCAAGAUGAGCAAAUGAAUCUCACUGGAAGGUGCAACUCCUAUCGGUCGCCGGCUGUUUGGUUUCGCUAUCACCACGAGCCGACCCUCUGGUGCUGCGAUACUCGCAACCAGGACUGCAACGGCUGCGAAAGGCAGCAGAAGGACAGAUGCACUGUCCGGGAGCCUGCAUUCGUGAAGCUGGCGGGUGAACCCCUGUAUGCGCCGUGCAUGGACAUUCCGGGCUGGGCCAACUCGGCGGGGAAGACCUGCGCCCAGAUUUCGGAGAACGAGUGCAGCGUGAAGCGAAGCCAGGGGCAAAGCAGCCGCGAGGCUUGCUGCCAGUGCGGAGGCGGCAUCCGCAGCCCGACGCCUUUCACUUACGACGACUACGUGUUCGUCCUGGGUGAGGACGUGAAGAUGUAUCCCAAGCCGCGUACCGCAACGCGAUAUGGAGUCAAUGAUGGCUGCGAGCUUGCCUUAUACAACCUCACGAUCGACGGCGAAACGGGUGUUGUGAGCUACAUCAAGGGCCGUGAGAAGCCCAAAGCACCCUUCAAGGUGUCCUGCAAGGUCACUGCUUUCCAGCUGCACCACCAGAUCUUCACGGCCGAUGUCAACGUCGCGGUUCAGGAGCUGUCGUAUGGCGCCUCUGUGCUGACGUUCACGCCGAAGACCACUCUCUACAAGCUGCACAUGAGUGCCAGCAGUGAGUGGAAGGACUUCAGCACAAACUGUGCUCCAGACGCAAAGUGGUUGAAGCUGGAGGAUAAUGGGAACCUCAAGGUGGUCAAGGGCGGUGAGACCGGCGUCGUCGACAGCGUCCAGGACACCUUCAACGGCCAGGUGGCGACCGUGUGCCAGCUCUGGGCAUACUCCAAGGCCAAGAACCAGAAGGACGCCGAGUGGAUGCUCAAGUCCAUGGGUGUUGUUGUGGUCAAGCCGGCUGCUGCUCCUUUGCUCUCCUAUCCGACCAGCACGCUGACCAGCGCAGUUGGUCAAGCCGUUCCACCAGUGGAGCCGGUUGCCUUUCCUCAAGGCGCUAUGGUACCAAGCUCAUAUGCGAUGAGGUGCGACCAGGCAAACUUCAAGUUCGACGCUGUCCACGGCAUCGGCUUCUACGAGGGUCAUCCCCUCCUGGAGCUGCAGUCGAAUGGUCAGCUGAGUCUGAACACCGGACCUUCCUUCGCACGCGUCUUCGAUGCCAUGGGCGACAAGCAGGAUGGCAGUGUGGUGAAGCUGGAGCUGAAGUGCCGCAUUGUGGGCGUCUUCCCGGAUUCGGAUUUCAAGCCGCUCACCACAAAGAUGAACAUCGUGAUCACGGAUACGACUUGCUGGGUCCAGGAAAAGAUUCAUUGCGGCCAGCAGCCGGUAAGCAAGCGGGUGUGGAACCGGGCGCAAUGCCAGCACUGGUGCAGGAGCCGGUCCAGCUGCUCGGCGUAUGUGUAUGACACCCGGCGACGAAGGCGCAAGCGAUGCAUCGAGACCAAGCUGAACUCGGUGGGUGGCAGGACGUGCGACGUUUACACAAAGAUUCCCGACUGCAACCCAGAGACCGCAUGUGUUCAAGUCGAUGCCCGAACAUGGCUUGAGCGAGGCACCUACUGCCCUGUCGGCUACGAUGUCGACCGUGGCAGCAUGACUUACCUCAAGGAAGGCCUCACGCCCAAUGAGAUGAUUUACUUGCGGAAGUUCAAGACUGGAGCCGACUCCCUCGUCGAGGGCUGCGGUGAUGGUGAUUGGCUGCUGCAGCAACAGAGCGCGGGCGAUUUCCAGAACAAGAAGAAGGGCACGUUUGAGUUUGCAGGACCUUUCGUCAGCUGCAAGGUCAAGAGUGUGAGCUACACCGGUCUCCCGUGCACGCAGCCACCGAACAUCACCGACGAGGAGGAUGCCGUUCCGAGGAUGAUCCUGGACAACCCGGACACCAGCGGUCCUGAGGAUUACUGGCUCCACCCCUGUGACUGCGCACCCAAGGUCUGGGGUGACGCUCCACCCAUGGAUCAAGAGGUGUUCGCAGCGCUGCCGCCAGAAUCUCCAGAGCAGUUCAUUCCAGCCCCAGUGGUGAUCGUGGAGGGGCAGUUUGUGUGCCCACCCAACGAAAUGCUCGGGGACGGCCCGAUCUUCGAGACGGAAGACGAAGCGCAGGAGAUCGGGGACUGUGAGCUCAAGUGCAAGAACAUGGACGAGUGCAACUACUUCUGGCAUGGCACGCAGCAUGCGCUUGCCACCUGCAGGUUGUACACCAAGUGCAGUCACCUUGUUCGCGAGCCCGGCGUUGAAGGAGUUCUCAAGGCGGUGCCCAAGAUUCCUGCCUGCCUGGUGACCGCCCCGGAGGACUGCUGGUCCAAGACGCUUCGACGGGUUGCUCUAACUUCGGAUACAGUCCCGAGCUUCUGGUACUGGACCCUCUAUGCGGAGUGCGACUACAUGCUGCUGCUAGGCGGCUGGGGCGUCAAUGGCUGCAGCCGGCCCUCCGUCCGGGACAUGAACAGUCACCCGUGGAAGCACAAGAGGCAUCUUCCCGCGACUUUCAAGCACGGUGAGAUGAUCCAGGCAUCUUGCUGGAGCGACCGCUACGAAGCCAUCAACCUGGGCGUAAAGAAGCUAGAGGCCAUCACCUGCGUCAACGGUGAGUGGUUCGCUUCCAACGGCCUCAACGGCUUCGAGGGCUUCGCUUGCCUUCCCUGCAUGCAGGUGGGAACGGUGGGAUUCGGAGAUGUGCACGACAAGAGGCAGCAGGAGCUGUACUACUUCAACCGCCUCUCCAUGCAACUGCACAGCGAGGUGAACCCGAUCUCUGACGGCAAAGUGAGCUGCCUGGAGCCUCUGACGCCUCCGCCAGAGGUGACCACCGACCUGCCGAAGGACCUCAAGGAGGCGAAGUCAUUCGACCUCCGAGGGUACGAGUUCAUUGAAGAUGACAAUGUCAUGGGCUCGGAGGCCUUGUGGCACUCGGCGUCUCAGCUCUCCUACAGCGGGAUGACCGUCAGGGCAAGCUUCGGCAGCAAACGCGAGAAAAAACGGCCGCUCACUGCAACGCCAGACCUGAAGAAGUGCUACUACAAAGCGAAGGGGAGGUUCAGUUUCUCCUGGGGGUCCAUCUCGAACAAGAAGUGGUGGGAGCUGAAGCUCAAGCGUAACACCUGGGUCACAUCCCUGGAGUUCACGGUCGGGGGCGCCGACUGUUGCAAAAACGGUCUGAAGGACGUCGACAUCUGGGCCGGCCGCCACAAGUGCGCCAGCCGCAUCACCAUCAGCGAAGGUGAGACGAAGAGGGUGCGAUGCUACGCCAAAACCCGGAAGAUCAAGAUCACUACCGGCGCGUUUCGCGCUGGGGCCGAUAUCCAGUUCUGCGGCAUCAAAGUUUUUGGACAGAGGAGCCAGCCAAAGAAGGAUGACAUGCGGAAGUACUUCUUCCAAAGCCUUCCCGAAGCCCAGGAGGCAUGUGCAAAGGAUCACCGCUGCACGAUGGUCUCCCGCGAUGAUGGCAUGUCGGUCGAUGGGGCCAUUCGCCGCUAUGAGAUGCGUCGUGGGACCAAGAUUGACUGGAUCGGCGCGAAGAACUGGAACAAGGUGAAGCCAAUCCCUUGUGUGGGUAACUGCGCCGGCCUCAAGCCGGUCACAUGCUCCGCCGGCAUGGCCGGCUGCGCGCACAAGACACUCACAGAUGGCCUCAAGGACAAGUGGCGGUGGCCCUCGUCUCCGCACAGCACGGGUGCGCUAACGUGUACUCCAGACAAGGAGUGGGUCGAGGUGGACUUGGGAGCCGAAAUGCAGUUCGAUCAGGUUGUGCUCUUCGGCUACCAAAGCUGGUGGCGAAGGUACUGCGGUACUUCCAUUGGCGUCACAAAGGAUAAGAUCACCUGGAAGUGGCCCUUCUGGAGCGAUGGCUGGCGAAACUGGGAACGGGGAGCGGGUACCAAAUUCAACAUCGGCCUUCAGACAGCACGUUACGUUCGCGUGUACCUGGGCAAGAACAACAAAAAUGCCCACGCCCAUCUUCUCGAGCUCGAGAUCUACAGAGCAAGCGUGGCAGCACCUCCAGAGCCCAAGUCGAAGUGGAUCACAACCGCGGAGAUCGGCCAUCUGGGGACACGUGUGAAAUGCAAGUACUCCCUGCUUCAACAUGCCGCCAACAUCUCUGCAAACGCCACGGAGGAGGACUUUGGGAUGGAAGAUGAGGAUGACACGGAAGAGAACCUGGCGGCCUUCCAAAUGGAGACCGAAGAGGGAGCCAGGGUGGUGCAACACCGAGCAGAAAAGGAGGCCGAGGAAAAUGCAGAGGAGGAAGAGGAGCAGGAGGAUUCCGAGGAGGAAGAGGAGGAGGUGGAAGCGGAGGACUCUGAGGAGGCGGAGGAGAAUGAAACGCCAGAGGUGGAAGAACGAACUCAGAGAGCUCUGCUUUCCAAGGCCCGUCGGGUGAAGUUGGGCAAAAGCGACGAGCCAGAUAUGCUCGACGAGGAGGAGGCGUACGACGGCGAGGAAGAUUACGAUGAGGAGGACGAGGAAAUGGCAGAAAUGGAGAAUGAGGAUAACGAUGACGUCGCAGAAUUGGAGGAGCAGGACAAGCCAACGAAGAAGAUGGAGGCCGCGAAUAUGACUGCCCUCAGUGAGGAAGAACAGGAGGAUCAGUCUCAAGCGGCGAGGAGGAGGAGCAAGUGGAAGCGGUGGAAGUGGAAGGCUCCGUCGUUGAAGAAAAUCGCCAAGAAGGUCAAGAAGAAAGUCAAGAAAGCCAUCAAGAAAGUGAGCACUCCGAGGAGGAGGCGCUCCCGCCGCAGGCGCUCUCGCCGCAGGAGAACGACCACGACCUCGACGUCCACGACCUCGACGUCCACGACGACCACCAGCACCACGACGACCACCACCACCUGCCACUACUGGGUCGGCGUGACAGGCUUUGGAGUCGAUCUGACCACGCACGGCAAGUUGAAGGGUGGCCACAUUUGGGCGAGUUCACACGCGCGGAAGAUCGAGUGCCGACUAUUCUGCGACCACAUCCACGUUCUUACCGUACGGCAUGCGUCUCUGGGCCGAGGUGGCGCUUCUGCGGCGAUUCCCGCCGUUUGCAGGGGCUCGCAGUUCCUGUGGCUCGCUGGCUCGGCCUCUGCAGGCUACUGCGAGUUUUCAUGGCACAAGCUGGAGGUGUAUGAGUUUCCCAAAGCCAUCGCUGUGCCAAAAAGUCAAGAUCCCGACUUGGGCAUCGAGGCCUACGGAUGUGCAGCGAACUACAGGCCGCAGGGAAAGGUGGUUCUGGACGUGCAAGAGCCCCUCGGCUUUGUGUAG